UUUCUCUUCCAGGAGGGUCCAUGCGGGGGAACGACUUGCUUAGGAAGUGUUGUGUUUGGCCUGCCGACGAAGGUCCAGCUGAGAAGCAGGGACGAGCUGCUUAAACACGCCAAGGACUUUCUUGAGCAGUACUUCUCAUCGAUACGAAGGAUGCAGAGUCCAGCUCACGAGGCGAGGUGGGCCCAGGUAGAAAAGGAAAUUGCGACGACCGGAACCUACGAUCUGACGGAAACAGAGCUGGUAUAUGGUGCCAAGUUGGCUUGGAGAAAUGCCCCGAGGUGCAUAGGCAGGAUCCAAUGGGCCAAGCUUCAGGUUUUCGACUGCCGAUCAGUUACGACCACCAGUGGUAUGUUCGAAGCGCUAUGCAACCAUAUUAAAUACAGUACAAACAAAGGAAACAUAAGAGCUGCAAUCACUGUCUUCCCACACAAAACAGACCCCAAGCACGAUUUUAGGAUAUGGAACACCCAACUAAUAUCAUAUGCUGGUUAUGUAAAAGAUAAAGGGAUUGUCGGCGAUCCAGCACAAGUUGAAUUCACAGAAUUAUGUACAAAACUUGGUUGGAAGGGCAAAGGGACCAGAUUUGACAUUUUACCUUUGGUUCUAUCGACCAACGGGGACGACCCUGACUAUUUUGAUCUACCGCCUGAGCUUGUUCUUGAAGUUCCUCUCACCCAUCCAAACUAUGACUGGUUCGGAGAACUCGGUCUGAAAUGGUACUCUCUGCCUGCUGUUUCGAGCAUGAUGUUUGACUGCGGAGGACUCCAAUUUACAGCUGCACCCUUCAAUGGAUGGUAUAUGAGCUCGGAAAUAGGUGGCAGGGAUCUGUGUGAUGUGCAACGAUACAAUAUGCUCGAGACAAUCGCCCAAAAAAUGGAACUCGACACCAGGUCUUCAGUGACACUUUGGAAAGACAGGGCAUUUGUUGAGGCCAACGUAGCUGUCCUUCACAGUUUUCAAGUGCACAAUGUGACAAUAGUGGACCAUCAUUCAGCAUCAGAGUCUUUCAUGAAGCAUUUAGAAAAUGAACAGAGGCUUAGAGGUGGCUGUCCGGCCGACUGGGGAUGGAUUGUACCUCCAAUAUCCGGUUCAAUAACUCCUGUUUUUCAUCAAGAAAUGGUCAACUACAUUAUUUACCCCGCCUACUUAUAUCAAGAACCUGCCUGGAUCUCGCACGAGUGGAAAGACAUUUGUGGAGGACUUGGAGGAAAAAGGGAAAGAAGAAAAUUCCAUUUUAAACAAAUUGCAAGGGCAGUAAAAUUUACAUCAAAAUUGUUUGGCAACGCGUUAUCAAAACGAAUAAAAGCAACCAUUCUAUUUGCUACAGAGACAGGAAAGUCUGAAAUGUAUGCAAAAAAACUUGGCGAAAUCUUUGGCCAUGUUUUUCAUUCACAAGUACUAUCAAUGGAAGAAUAUGAUAUGAGCAAAAUUGAGCAUGAAGCUUUACUGUUGGUUGUCGCCUCAACAUUUGGAAAUGGUGAUCCUCCCGAAAAUGGACAGGGCUUUGCGCAAAGUUUAUACACCAUAAAAAUGGAUGAAUCAGGAAUGACUAAUGGAAACAACACCUCCAGCCUAGCAAGCUCAGCGUCAUUCAUCAAAGCGAACAGUCAGAUUGACCACCAAACUUCGCUAGAACGGUGUGAUUCGUUUAGAGGCUCUGUCACAGAUGCGGAUAUGUUUGGACCUCUUAGCAACGUGAGGUUCGCCGUGUUUGCCCUUGGUUCUAGUGCCUACCCAAAUUUUUGCGCAUUUGGAUCGUACGUUGAUAAUUUAUUGGGUGAACUCGGUGGCGAGAGGCUCAUGAAACUUACAACAGGAGAUGAAAUGUGCGGUCAAGAGCAGGCCUUUAAGAAAUGGGCCCCUGAUGUUUUUUCCGUGGCUUGUGAUACUUUUUGUCUUGACAAUGAUGAGACAUUCCUAGAGGCCACACAAGUUUUACAUUCCGAAGCGAUAACAGCAGCAACUGUUAGAUUUGUUGAAUCCAUACCAGAUGAUUUAUGCAAAGCUCUAGCAAAAAGUAAUAAUAAGAAAGUUGAAAGGUGUCCGUUGAUUGGAAAAAGGAACCUUCAUGGAAAAGGAUCAUCAAGAGCAACCCUUUUACUUGAAAUUGGGCAAACAGAGCAUAUAAAAUAUGAGCCGGGCGACCACGUCGGAAUUCUAGCUUGCAACAGGACUGAACUAGUUGAAGGGAUAAUUUCACAUUUGGAAUGUCCCAUAGAUCCAGAUCGGCCUAUUCAACUUCAAAUGCUGAAAGAAACACAUACACCAGAUGGAAUAACAAGGAAUUGGGUGCCGCAUGAAAGGCUUCCAACGUGUUCGCUCAGAACUUUGCUUACAAGAUUUCUCGAUGUUACAACACCACCUUCUCCCAACAUGCUGCAGUUCUUUGCCUCAUGUGCUACAGAUGAAAAAGACCAAGAAAAACUUACUCAUCUUGCAACGGAUUCAGCGGCUUAUGAAGAUUGGCGGCAUUGGAGGUUCCCGAAUCUCUUGGAAGUCUUGCAGGAAUUUCCUUCAGUACGCAUUCUUCCGGCUCUGCUAGUGGCACAACUGACACCCCUCCAACCAAGAUUCUAUAGCAUAUCGUCUGCUCCUUCUCUCUACUCCAAUCAAAUUCAUUUGACCGUUGCUGUAGUGCAGUACAGAACACAAGAUGGAAAUGGACCGGUUCAUUAUGGUGUUGCAUCUAAUUACCUGUACGAUAUUAACAUUUCAGACCAUAUUUACUUAUUUGUGCGAAGCGCGCCAAACUUUCACAUUCCAAAAGAGGCAAACUCGCCUAUAAUCAUGGUAGGCCCAGGAACUGGUAUAGCUCCCUUCCGUGGCUUCUGGCAGCAAAGACUGGCCGAAAGAAGCCUCAAUGGACCAGAUAAAUUUGGAAAAAUGUCAUUAUUUUUCGGCUGCCGCCUGCGGAAUCUAGAUCUCUAUCAGGAUGAGAAGGAGUCCAUGGUCAAAGAAGGCGUUCUGAGUAAAGUGUACCUCGCAUUGUCAAGAGAGCCUUCGAUCCCAAAAACCUAUGUCCAAGACCUGCUAAGGGUUGAAGCGAAAAGUGUCUACACACAGUUGGUAACUGAAAGAGGACAUUUCUACGUUUGCGGAGACUGCACAAUGGCCGAACACGUGUUCAAAACUCUGAGACAGAUAAUUCUGGAACAAGGAGGAAUGUCUGACAACGAAGUAGACCUUUAUAUGUUGUCUAUGAGGGAUGAAAACCGAUAUCAUGAAGAUAUAUUUGGCAUUACACUUAGGACAGCUGAAGUUCACAACAGAUCGAGGGAAUCUGCAAGAAUACGCAUGGCAUCCCAAUCACAGCCUUAGCAGAGGAAGAGCAGUAGCCCAUUUACAUUGGCUACUGGAUUUAUACAUUCCAUUAGAACUUUCCUUAACAACUAAUUUUUUAAGUUAUAUUUUUUAAACUAAUCAAUAAAGCACAAGACCUGGAAAUUUUCAUAGGUUUAUGUACAAAAUAUGCAGUUUUUGAGCAGCUUUUCAGAUUCGAUUUGUUCCAAAAAAUGUCUAACGCAUAUACAUAACAAUUUUUUUGUAAUCAUGCUAAAAAAAUUUACAUUUAUGUCAAUAAAGAAAAGACUAAAUAAUCUUAUCAUAGCAGAAUUACUAUAAAUAACAUUUUCGGACAAGUUUAAAACGUAGAUUUACUUCUAUUUUAUAAAACUAAUCUUCCAACUAUAAAUUGUAAAUAUUCUAUAUCAUUGUGAAACAUUUGUUUUUGUUUGUUUUCUUCUAUAUUUCAUGAGCAGUGGUUUAUUGGUUUAUAUUAAUAAAGUGAGACAUACUGGACUGAUUAAAAGUAUUAAAGUGAUGAUUAUUGAUUAUACAUAAUUUAAACCCAUACAUAUGUUUUGCAUAAUAAAAAAGCAAAAAAAAGGCCUUUGAUAAUAAAAUGUGAGAUAUUUAUAUAUUUGUAAAUUUAAACUGUGUCAUUACUUCAUACAAAAUGGUAUUUAUUGUAAAGCUUUUAAAAAUGUGUAUUCCAUUUUUACAAUUUUUUUCUUCUUCUAAAAUUGUCAUGUUUUUGGUUGCAAACACUUUUACAAACGCUGAACGGUAUUGUUUAAAAAACUAACAUUGGGUCAAAUAAGAUAGAGUGGCUUAUUCUAAAGAUAAGAUUUUUGAUUAAGAUUGGUUUUUCUAAGUAGAUAGUUGACUUUUUCUGAUAAAAUCUUCCUUUAUUCCUUGAAAUACAUAAAAGUACCAAAUGCUGCAUGCAUCGAAGAUUUUCUUAAGACAUCCACAAGUCAAUUUGUUUCAAAAUAUAAAUUCAAUUAAUAAUAUAU